GUUAGUGUCUCUCGGUUUCUGCCAUAUUUUGAAAAAAUAUUUUGUUUGUACUCAUUAAAUACAAUUGUGACCAACUUUCCUGAUCAUGCAAAUGAUUAUAAUAUAACACAAUGGAAGAUUUUGGUGAUUUUGAACAAUACAAAGUUUCCUCUUCAACACUGACUAUACCUGAUUCAAUAUACUAUAUUCCUAAUUUUAUUACUGAAGAUGAAGAGGAAAUCCUGACGAAUAAAAUAAAUGAUUCAUCUAAAAUUAAAUGGGUUGGAUUGUCGAAUCGUCGUCUUCAAAAUUGGGGAGGUGUAGUACACGCUAAAGGUCUUAUUGCUGAGCCACUUCCAAUUUGGCUUUCAAUAUAUGGCAACAAAGUUUCUCGACUUGGUAUAUUUGAUGGCAAAUCACCGAACCAUGUUUUGAUUAAUGAGUAUCUUGCCGGGCAAGGAAUAAUGCCACAUGAGGACGGACCAGCAUUUUAUCCAACUGUCGCAACUUUGAGUCUUGGUUCUUACACAGUCAUUAAUUAUUAUCCAAAAAACUGGAUCCCCAGUGAUCGCCAACAAGUUGCCGAUUACAUGGCUGAGCCAGGAAGAACUGUCUAUCGACCACGAGAACCAUCAUUCUCACUUUUGCUACAACCACGAAGUUUAGUGAUUACUUCAAAAGAAGCAUACACUUCUUAUUUACACGGAAUUGAUGAAGUCCAAAAAGAUACUAUCGAUGAAAAGGUUGUCAAUUUAGGCUCGUGCACUGGAGUUAAAGUUGGUGAUAAUUUAGAGCGAACAACACGUCUUUCCUUGACAAUUCGUUAUGUUCCCAAAGCCAUACAAGCCAGAUUUCUUAUAGGAAAGUGAACCAUGGCACAGAAAAUCUUUUCCAUGAUAUUUUUCCAAGAGCAUAAUUUUUCUGUCAUUUACUAGCAUUGCUCAUUCAGCAUUUGAAGUCUGAUUUGCUUCGUGUGUGAUUGAUUACGAUGUGAAAAUUUUAUGUUGAUCGGAAAGCUCCAAACUUGUUUUGUUACUAUCGUAACCGCUUGAAUAUCAUUAAUUAUAAUGAAAUAUGAAAAUGAUGACAAGUUAUCGAUUGCUACUCGUUUUGUUGAAGUAUUAAAGAUGUGAUAAUUAGAUAAUACUGUUAAUGAAUUGAAAAGUGUUCAAUACAAUAAUACAACAAUUGUAAUAUAAAACAAUUCAAAUAAGUAAUUUUGGUUAA